UUUUCACAUGCCAUCUUAUAGUAAUAAAUAAAUGUCUUACAGUAAUAAAUAAAUGUCUCUUGCCUCUGGGUGGUGAUAAAUUUUAAAUACAACAUAAACCUUGAUAGAAUGGAAGCUACUUGUAAUGUACAGGGAACUGAUGUGAAUACAAGUAAAUAUGUCCUAGAUACAUUUUAUACAUGUAUAUUUGACACAUAUGAUGGAUAUCUGUUACAGAUGAACAUACAAAUUAAUUUCAACAAUGCGAGUAAUCCAUUUUACCAAUGAUGCUUAGAUUAGCUUCCAGGGGAUUUCUUUACUUGUUUUUCACAUACAUAUUGUGUGCUUUUGGGAUGUUUUGUGUGUAUUAUAACCAAUACAUAAAAGUAUCAACAAUAUAUCACCAAGGUGACCAAGCACACGCUGCUACCAUAGUGAUGAGUCACCUAGAUAAUCAAACAAAAAUAGUUGCCAUAAAGACUACUGAUUACACAGAUGACCAGGCACAAGCAGCUACCAUAGUGACUGAUCUUAAAGGUCAGAAUCAAGUGAAUGAUAAUAAUGAGGGUAAUAUUGCUGAGAAGAAUGCUUAUUUACAAGUAAAGGAUACAAUGUCUGAGAGAACUGACAUUGUCAAAGCUUACUGUAAAAAUAUUACACAGUCACCUCUAUACAAAACCUUUUUGAAAACCCGUAAAAAGACUGGCUAUAAGAAGUCUUGUGGAGACUUGGAAGUACCUACUACUGCUAAAAUCUAUGUUUUAGAGGAACUUAAAGUAGUAUUUUGUGCUGUAUUUAAAGCAGCUUCAAGUGAGUGGAAAAAAUUGCUUGUAAGUCUACAUGACACCUAUAAACAGGAAGCACAAGAGACUCUUGAAGCGCCGGGAAUUCAUACCAAAUGGCAGAACUUUGCAAAGCCUCUCAAGGAGUAUUUGCCUUCGGAAAGAUGCCAUGUUUUAGAGACUUUCAAUAAGGUUAUGAUAGUUAGGAACCCCUAUGAGCGUCUGGUCUCUUGCUUCAAUGACAAGUUCAGACGGAAUACUGAUUACUGUAGAAUGGUGAUGCAACCUGGUGUCGAUUGUCUGGCGAUGAACCUGAAUGACUUUGUCGAACAAUUGAGCUUUGGCUGGGCUGGCCAGGAUCCUCACUGGCGUUCAUUCUUUGACACAUGCCUACCUUGUGAGAUACAAUACAAUAACAUUGUCAAAUUUGAGACCCUCGCAAGAGACAGGGAUUACUUUCUAGAAACACUUGGAUUGUCUGGAAGGGUUAACUUCAGCAAGCAUACUUCCUCGAGCCAUAAAAACUAUUUUGAUAACAUGACCCAGGAAUUGUCAAAUAAGAUCUAUUCUAUAUAUGAAGUAGACUUUCUCUUGUACAAUUAUUCAAAAUAUAUUGUUCCACAUUGACAAAAUUGAUAUUUGUUAAACGAACUUCAACAAUCAGACAUUGUAUGUUUUCCAGCUAUCAUAAACUUAGCUCAGUAUAUUGCACAAGCGCUUGGUGCACUACAAGCAUCGUACUAUCUCCAUGCUAAGUUGACUUCAAGCCUUAUGAGGCAACCAUUGGCCUUCUUCGAUCAGACCCCUGUGGGACGCAUUAUCAGCCGACUAUCUGGCGACAUCGACACCAUUGAUACUGCAAUAUUGUACAGUAUUGACUGGUGGCUGCAAUCAGCCAUGACAGUUAUUGGCGCAUUAAUUAUAUCGACUAUGAUGGCACCUCUCUUUCUGGUUCCGCUUCUCCCAACAGGAGUAUUGUAUUUCGUUGUCCAGGUGACUAUAGAG